UGUCGCCCACGCUUUUCCAUCCCGUCUCUCUCGCUCCUCCCGUCGCUCCCGCUCGCACUCCUCCCACCGCUCGCGCACCUCCCGUCGCUCCCGCUCCUCCCUUCGCUACCGCUCCUACCGUCCCUCCCGUCCCUCUUCGCGUCCCUCCCGUCCCUCCCGUCCCACCUGUCCCUCCCGUCGCUUCCGUCCCUCCCGCCCCUCUUGUCCCUCCCGUCGCUUCCGCUCCUCCCGUCGCCCACGUCGCUCUCUUCCCUUCGGUCCGUCCCGUCCCUUUCCGCCUCUCGCCUUCCUGCCCUCUUUCCUCUCCCCCUUCCCUACGUGCAGCCACCCCGCCUCCCUACGCGCAUUCCCCCCUUUUCCCUACGCGCAUUUACCCCUUUCCCUACGCGCAUUUCCCCCCUUUCCCUACGCGCAUUUUCCCGCCUUCCAUACGCGCAUUCCCCCCCUUUCCCUACGCGAAUCCCCCCCCUUUCCCUACUCGUAUUUUCCCCCCUUCCAUGCGCGCAUUCCCCCCCUUUCCCUACGCGCAGUUUCCCCUCUGCUCCGCGCAAUCCCCCCCGUUUCUUACGCGCACUUUCCCCCUUUCCUACGCGCAGUUUCCCCCUUUCCUACGCGCAGUUUCCCCCCUUCCCUACGCGCAGUUUUCCCCUUCCCUACUCGGGGCUUCUCCCUUCCCAUCUCGCAGAUCCAACCCUCCAAUCCCUCAACUUACCCAGUCUCGCGUCCCUCUGUCCCCUCUCUUCCGUCCCGCCUUUCCUACUUCCAUCCAUCCCAUUUCCGCCUCUCCACUCAUUCUCUUGCCCUUUUUUCGUAUCCUGCUUGCCCGUCCCUCCCUGCUGUCCCUUCCUCUCUCCCAUCGCUCACUCACACUCAUCGCUCACUCACACCCAUUGCCCUCUAAUUCCUUCACUCCCUUGUCCUGUACUCCCUUUCCACCUCUAUCCGCCCCACUCUUCCCUUCCCUCUCUGCCCUUCCCAUCCCUACCAUAUUUCCUCUCAUAAAUUUUCUCGUUGCCCAUGUCCGCUCCCCCGUUUCCCAAUGCAGGGUUUUCCCACAUCGCACCCAACUCGUGCCCCCACAACGUGCAUGUGCAGCACCACCACUCACCUUUCACUUCACGCUUGUGUUGUGCACCGAAUGA